GUAUAUGAGACACUGCACUGCAGCCGGUUUGCAUACACGGUCUACGGCAAGCGGAAGUCAUGGAACAACUACAAUUCCCUGGGAUUAUGUAAUCCUGCCCAAAAAGCCGCGUCUGCUCCCUGCAAAAUUCCACCACACACAACUGAAUCGAUACACAGCAUCCCACGCACACAACUAUACACCGAACAAUGCCACGGCACAUUGCACUGUGACAGGAGUUUGGUUAAGUGCUUUGCGGCGCUGGGGAACUGCAUGUGCCACUGAUCCGGCUGCUGUUAGGUGUUGUGCCACUGCUCGCAGUAUGUGGCGUGUUAUCCACUGUACCAUGGCCACCAGCAACACAGGAUCGGCAAUAUUCCUUGUUUCAGUCUCGGCCGCACUGUGAUCUGUUCAUCCCUGUUAGCAGUGAUCCAAACAGCAGCAGACAAUAUCCGCAGCGAGUGAUAUUAUUUUCUUUCAAGCCGUCGCCGCACACGAAGCGCCAGUGUUUUCCAGUUGAAUGGGGCUGGUCAUACGAAAUCCGGGAACUGAAUAAUAAAUCCGCCUGGCAGCGGCAUCUUCCUACGCGUGUGCGCCUGUACGGUAAUUGUUGGUAAAUUGCGCCUGAACGGUCCCACGCCACGCUUUACCUUUACAGUUGUGGCCCACAGGCAGCGCGCCAGACAGGGCAAGUUGAUGCACUAGUGAAAUCACUGUUUCUGCUUGAUUACAUUUUAACGAAUCUCACCCCACCGUGAACAUCAUGGACUUCAAAAAGAUCCUUAAUCGAGCGGUUCAGUUUGCGGAGGAGAAAGUGGGACGGGAAGUAGAGAAAACCCGGCUGGAGGCGGACAUGGAACACCUGAUCGAUCUGCAGGAUAAAGUGAAGAACAACACGGAGAAGAUUGUUAGAACAACCGAGACCGUCUUGCAACCCAAUCCCAAUAUUCGAAUGGAGGAGUACGUAUAUGAGAAGUUGGACAAGCGACUACGCCAGCGAACCACACCGCUCUCGGAGAUGGGUCAAGCCCUGAUUGAGGCCGGAAAUGAUUUCGGUGCACAAGGCCCGUACGGCAGCGCUCUGAUAAAGGUCGGCACCUACCAAAACCGUCUCGGGCAAGCUGAGCUGGAUUUCGUUUCCAACAGCGCGGAAGUCUUUCUUACGCCGCUUAGGCGAUUUUUGGAGGGAGACAUCAAAACCGUCAUGAAAGAGCGGAAGGAACUAAACAACAAGCGCUUAGAUCUCGAUGCUGCCAAAAGUAAAUUGAAGAAGACUAAUAAGGACGAUCCGAAAACUUACGAAAUCACAGCCAGGAUCGAAAACGAAGCCCGUCUAGCGAAUUCCGAAUUUGAGCGGCAAGCGGAAAUUACACGAUUACUUCUCGAAGGCGUAGCAAGCUGCCAGGGAAAUCAUCUUCGGUAUUUGAAGGACUUUGCCGAAGCCCAAAUGAAGUAUUACGCAAUGUGUAAAAGCAUCGCCGAAGAGCUGCAUCAUGAACUGUCAUCCGUCAAUCCCACCGACUGCCAGCCGCCGACGUACAAUUCCAUGCCGCCAGUUGGAGCCAGGAAAGCGCGUGUACUGUGUGAUUACGAGUCAGGAAACUCACAGGAACUGACUCUUCAUGCCGGCGACAUCAUAUUUAUUACCUCCGUCGCCAGUCAAGAUGGAGACUGGCUGCUUGCACAACGACCAACUGGCGAAAAAGGGAAAGUGCCGGCAACAUAUAUUGAAUUUCUCGAAUGAUCAACUGGCGCAUGGCUGUCAGUGCGGUGACCGGAAGUGGUAGAUUCGGUUGUAUUGUCUGUCUGAUCUUGAUAUUCACUACGGUACAGCUAGCAGUGUUUGGGUCUAUUAAUGCUUCGACCGAUUUUUAAAUGCGUGUUUGUGCGCUGUUUACCAGAAUUCGGUUUUUCUGUGCCUUUCCAAGCAGAAGCGAGUAAAAGAUGUAAUAAAAAUUCGUAAAGAAAAUUCUU